AUGUCGGCAUUAUCAUUGGGGAAGAGGCAAAGAGAAUCAGAUAUAAUAGACGCUCCUGCAAAGAAGCAAAAAGUAUUAAAAUCUGCUGUUCGUACAUUUGACCAAAAGACGGUUGCCUUGGGCUCUACCCGCUUCUAUAAAUGUUCAAACCAUUUGCAAGUGGAUUCCGAAUGUAAUGAAAGUGUUCCAAGAGAGAGUGUUUACGAUGCAGAGAUAUUGGCACUAUUUUUAUUGCGACCUGACAAUAAAAGAGCAGAUAACCUCUAUCCUGAAGUGAUUCUUGAAUUACAGGCAACGGGAUCUGUCUCUACUCUUAUAGAACAUUUUAAUCGAGCAAUAAUAUAUGCCGACAUGCUUCAAUCUCGGGAAAUUUGGAUCGUACAUUUUUCUAGAGAGGAUUCUGUGCAUGAUAAUGACUUUAAGAAUGUGAGAAUAAGUGCCAGAUUUUGGAAUACUACUGGCGAGUUUCGUGAAAUUAUAGAUGAG